CAUCUCUAUCAACUCUUUAUAAAACCUUCCUAGUAUAUAACAGUCUAUUUUAUUAUUAUUAUUAUUAUUAUUCUUUUAUUAUCUCUCAUUAUAUUAUAUUGAUUGAUACCAAAUGUUGAAAAAGCAAACGGCAGAUGACGAUAGUGAAUCCCAAAAACGAACUGAUAUUCAGUCUCCCGAAGUAUGUGUUGACUAUUUAUCUUAUACCUUUGACGAAAUGGAUCUGGCUGCUUCUUGGAGAAUGAUGACAAAACAAAAAAAGGAUAUUGUAAAUGGUAUUCGUUUGGAAAAUGCUUCUUGGCGUACUUGGGCGAAACAAAGGAAUCAUUUGAAGACCAUUAGUCCAGAAACUCUCAACUGGUUGAAGGAUAGUGAUGUUACUUGGCUUUAUGGUCCAUUACAUACAGUCACAAAAACUGAACAAGAAGAUCGUUAUGCUCCAAAAGAAUCCAGUGCUCAUGACAAAUUUGGUCUUAUCCAUGCAUCUGAUGCGCCGUUGAUUGAUAAAGGUAUCACGGGAACACCCUCUGCACCACCAUUGUCAUCUUCCACGGUAACACGAACCACGUCAAAUACAACAAAUACAGCAAUAGCAACAACCAAUCCACCAUCAACUUCAAUAUUACCUACUACUCAACAACGACCAUUGAAAUCUGCAUUGAAAAAGGUGACCAUGUCUGAUAUCUUACGUCGAUCAGCAUCUGAAUUUCAUGUUAGCGAUUUAAACGAAACUGGUGGAUCUGGAAUCUCACUUUCCGAAGCUAAUCGACAAUUAGGUGCUUUUUCUCCUUCUGUUAUCGCCACUCAUCGACAACCAAAGUUACGAUUCAAUCAACGUGUGGAACAAUAUAUGGUGAUUUCCGAUGAUGAUGGAGGUAGUGCAACAGGUUCUUUACCAAAAGUGAAGAUGACUGCCAAUCUUUCUUCUCGAUAUUAUGUUUCUUCUUCCGAUCGUGCUGAUACUACUGGAACAACAACUGAUGAUAAUCAUUCCGAUUCACAAGAUGAUGAUUAUCCAACUCAUAGACGCCGCAAUGGAAAUCAAUAUCAUCAUCGCCGACAUACACAUUAUUCCAACAGUGAUGAUAGCAAUAAUGACGAAAAGGAAUAUAGCGAGAAUGAUGCUGAUAAUGAUGAUGAUGAAGAUGAUGAUGAUGGUAUUAUGAUGCAACACCAUUCUUAUGACAAUAACAGAAAAAACAUCUCAACACCAAGAUCAAUCAAGCGAAUUGAACCAGCCGUUCUCAAAAGUAGCUCUUAUUCUGACAAUUCUGUGACCUCCGUAUCUCGUCGAGACUCACUUUCUUCAUGGGACGAUGAUGACGACAGAAAAUCUAUCCACCUUCCUGAUUACCAACUUCAUCGACAAACAACCAAUACGUCAAAUCAAUCUAUUCAAUGGGAAGGACAAUCUUCUAUAGUCUAUGAUGUAUCACCUUCUGAACCUGAAAGUGAUUAUGUGGAUGAUGAUUGGGACCUUCAUCGACAAUCCUUUGAUGACAGCAACAGCAAUAUGGAAUAUGACAAUGACGACGAGCCAACAAACCAACAAUAUACAACUAGUGUGCGUAUGGAUAUACCAUCAUCAUCAUCAUCAUCAAAUCAAGUAGUGUCCAAUACUUCUUUUUCUCCACCCAUUAUACUCUCUCCCGGCAAAGCAUCAAAAUCCCAACCUAUCAGUGAACCUUCAACUGUAGAUGCUAUACAUCAUCAAACAUCUAAUAUCAACAAUGACAACAACAACAACAACAACAAUAAUAAUAAUAAUACUAACAAGGUUACGACGGAUUCUCAUGAUAGAAUGUUAGAACAACAAUCAUCAGCAUCAUCACAUUCUGUAUUUGGACAUCUUGGUCAAUGGGCAACAUCUUACUUUUGGAAAUCAUAGGAAACUUGGAUUAAUUAGUAUUUUAGUUGUCAUUCAUUUUUAAACCAUUACCUGCAUUUCUGUAUCAUGUCAUUCAGUAUUCCUUCCUUCUUAGUGAAAAAAAAAAGAAAAAAAAAAAGAAAAGAAGCUUUCACGCUCACAUUCAUAUACAUUCACACUUGACAAUCACACUCACGUUACAUUAGCUAUUUACAUAUCCG